CCGGGUCAAAGGAGCCUGAGCCGCCCGGUCCCCCGUGUCCGCCAGCGCUGCUGUUCCCCGCGCUCGCCACUUCCGGGGCCGCAGUCCCGGGCAUGGAGCCGCGAGAGUGAGGCGCCUCCGGCCCUGGGACGCCCUGCCCAGUCCCGCUGCAGCCCCGAGCCGGCCCCGAGCCCCGACACCUCGCCCUCCCGCCACGCGCUCCCACGGUGAGGAAGUCACUUGUCUUGACGCAAGAACGAACCUGCUUUCCAGGAGCAGGGACCAAAGCCCAGGAGGUCUGUGUCCCACACAUGCAGCCGGAAUGGAGGCUUUCUGGACCCUUUAGAAGGCUCCCCCACCCUCCUGAGGUCAGCCAAGCGGUGAAUGCGGAAAGUUAAGAAGCUUCGCCUGGACACUGAGAACACAGGAAGUUGGAGAAGCUUCUCACUGAAUUCUGAAGGGGCGGAGAGGAUGGCCACUGGGGCGCCAGCAUCCGGCCGGGGCACUGCGGUGGAGGUGGAGGACCCCGCGGCCCGCUUCCAGGUGCAGAAGCGCUCCUGGGACGAGCUUCGGGACGUCAUCCACAGCAGCCGCAAGAACUCGGGCCUUGUCGUCAACAAGGCGCCGCACGACUUCCAGUUUGUGCAGAAGACGGACGAGUCCGGCCCCCACUCCCACCGCCUCUACUACCUCGGUAAGCCCUCCAGGCAGCCUUGGGCCCGGGAGGCUGCCCUUGGCCAGGGCGGUGUUUCCUGGAUGACGGCUGCUCCGAAGUCCUGUGGUCCUAGCAGUGGCUUUUCUGAGACCGAGGUAACCGAGGGCUUCUUACUGGCCGACAAACUGAAGGCCCCCAGGGUCCUCCAUGCCCGGGGACAGAUGCAGAAGCCCCAGGCACUGAGUUUACUUCUUGAGGCCCCAGGGUUGGGGUUUCAAGGCCCCAAGAGGAGACGUGAUGGCGUGAGGUCUAGUGCGGAAGGCCACAAGACACUUCGAGUCCUCUACGAGGAAGUCGAUGAGUCGGAGGUCGAAGUCAUUCAUGUGCCCUCUCCUGCACUGGAAGAAAGGAAGACGGACUCCUACAGAUACCCCAGGACAGGCAGCAAGAAUCCCAAGAUCACCUUGAAACUGGCCGAGUUCCAGACCGACAGUCAAGGCAAGAUCGUCUCGACCCAAGAGAAGGAGCUGGUACAGCCCUUCGGUGUGCUCUUCCCGAAGGUGGAAUACCUCGCCAGGGCCGGGUGGACCCGGGACGGCAGAUAUGCCUGGGCCAUGUUCCUGGACCGGCCCCAGCAGCGGCUCCAGCUCAUCCUCCUCCCGCCGGCCCUGUUCAUCCCCAUCACUGAGCGCGAGGAGCAGCGGAUGGCCUUUGCCAGAGCGGUGCCCAGGAAUGUCCAGCCGCACGUGGUGUACGAGGAGGUCACCGACGUGUGGAUCAAUGUCCAUGACAUCUUCUACCCCUUCCCCCAGUCAGAGGGGGAGGACGAGCUAUGCUUCCUCCGAGCCAACGAGUGCAGGACCGGCUUCUGCCACUUGUACAAGGUCACCGCUGUUUUAAAGGCCCACGGCUAUGACUGGAGCGAGCCCUUCACUCCCCAGGAAGGUGAAUUUAAGUGUCCCAUCAAGGAGGAGAUCGCCCUGACAAGCGGGGAAUGGGAGGUCCUGGCCAGGCAUGGCUCCAAGAUCUGGGUCAACGAGGAGACGAAGCUCGUGUACUUCCAGGGCACCAAGGACACGCCCCUGGAGCACCACCUCUAUGUGGCCAGCUACGAGUCGGUGGGCGAGAUUGUGCGCCUUACCACCCCCGGCUUCUCCCACAGCUGCUCCAUGAGCCAGAACUUCGACAUGUUCAUCAGCCACUACAGCAGCGUGGGCACGCCGCCCUGCGUGCACGUCUACAAGCUGAGUGGCCCCGACGACGACCCUCUGCACAAGCAGCCCCACUUCUGGGCCAGCAUGAUGGAGGCAGCCAGCUGCCCCCCUGAUUAUGUGCCCCCGGAAAUCUUCCACUUCCAUACACGGUCAGAUGUGCAGCUCUAUGGCAUGAUCUACAAGCCUCACGCAGUGCAACCUGGGAAAAAGCAUCCCACUGUCCUCUUUGUGUAUGGAGGCCCCCAGGUGCAGCUGGUGAAUAACUCCUUCAAAGGAAUCAAGUAUUUGCGGCUUAACACGUUGGCGUCCCUGGGCUACGCUGUGGUCGUGAUUGAUGGCAGGGGCUCAUGUCAGCGGGGGCUUCAGUUCGAAGGGGCCCUAAAAAACCAAAUGGGCCAGGUGGAGAUCGAGGACCAGGUGGAGGGCCUGCAGUUCGUGGCCGAGAAGUACGGCUUCGUGGACCUGAGCCGAGUCGCCAUCCACGGGUGGUCCUACGGGGGCUUCCUCUCGCUCAUGGGGCUGAUCCACAAGCCUCACGUGUUCAAGGUGGCCAUCGCGGGUGCCCCAGUCACAGUCUGGAUGGCCUAUGACACAGGGUACACGGAGCGCUACAUGGACAUCCCAGAGAACAACCAGCUUGGCUACGAAGCGGGUUCUGCGGCUCUGCAUGUGGAGAAGCUGCCCAACGAGCCCAACCGCCUGCUCAUCCUGCACGGCUUCCUGGAUGAGAACGUGCACUUUUUCCACACAAACUUCCUCGUCUCCCAACUGAUCCGAGCAGGAAAACCUUACCACCUCCAGAUCUACCCCAACGAGAGACACAGCAUUCGCUGCCCGGAGUCCGGCGAGCACUAUGAGGUCACCCUGCUGCACUUUCUCCAAGAGCACCUCUGAGCCCCGGGGCCCGGGGCCUGCACAUUCAGAGCACAAGUGGCUUCGCUGCCACAGGGACCGGGCAGGAGUGGUCCGGAGGUCACUGCGCGGCGCCUCCUCCCAGCGCCUGCGCUGGACGGCCGGCCCCAGAAGCCCGCGCCUUUGCCCCUGACGCUUUUUUAUCAUUUUUUAAAUGCUCCUGGGGGUUUUUUUGUCUGCUGCUCCCUGGUUGCCUGGACAAGAGGUGAGGCCGACAGCCACGAGGGCCUUCCUGAAGCCGCCCCCUCCCCGCGUGGCACGGGAGCAGGAGGCGUGCACGCCCAUUGGUGGAGAGGCCAGCAGCGACUCGGAGGAGCCAGCCUGCGGCCCGUGGCCCCCACCGCGGCCUUGACCCUCCAGCCGGCAGAAGUAGGCCUUGCUUCCCCUCCCCUACCUGCCCGCUUCAUAUCUGCAUUUUGUUUGGAGGGAGGGGUUUUCCACAAUUAUUUAAAAAACGCAAAGCAAGGGGUGCCUGAAUCUAGAAUCGGUCUGCCGCCUGGCCGUGGGGUGCACCCCAGGCGGCACUCGGUGAGCCCCGCUUCAACAGCAGGUCGCCUCUGCGGGUCAGCGCUGCCGCCCUCCCCAGCCCAGCCGGCGCGCAGACCCGGAACCCUCCAGGGUUCCAGGCUCGGGGUGGGCGCGGAACCCUCCCCGCCUCAGGGUUACCCUUAGCCUACCUUCCUUUCCCUCCUCCCUGCCUAGAGUUCUGCCCGGGGCGGGCAAAACAAACAAAAAACCCACCAGAAACGAACCACCUCUACAUAUUAUGGAAAGAAAAUAUUUUUGUCGAUUCUUAUUCUUUUAUAAUUAUGCGUGUAAGAAGUAGACUCAUUAAACGAUUCCAGACGGAA